CUUCGAUUCUCGUCACCACCCUCAUUUUGCAAGAAUAAUAUUGCAUCACUUCAUGCAAUGAAUGUAACCAAUGGUCUCAACGGCCACGCCGUGGCGCCAGUUCUAUGGUCAGAGGCCCGAAAUGCUGAAGGUCGAGUUUAUUAUUACAAUACAAUUACGAAAGCUACGCAAUGGACCAAGCCAGAGGAGUUGAUGACCCCCGCAGAGCGUGCUCUUGCAAACCAGCCUUGGAAGGAGUAUACGGCGGAAGGAGGACGCAAAUACUGGUAUAACACGGAAACUAAGCAGAGCUCAUGGGAGAUGCCAGAUGUCUAUAAGGAAGCUCUUUCCAAAGAAGCUGCUGUACCUACACCCGUUGCACCAGCCCCUACAUUUGUCGCUGGUGGAGGGUUUUCUGCAGCACAAUUUGACAGCCCAAGAGACAGAGAGCCUCUAGGAGAAGCCCGCCAAAUUGCGUAUGGAAAUGAUGUUAAUGGAAGCCGCGCGCAAGUUUUCGUUCCUGCAAACACUGACCCUGACUACUCUACCUUUGAAGAGGCAGAGGCAGCAUUCCUAAAGCUAUUGCGCCGGCAAAAUGUCGACCCGAAUUGGACAUGGGAACAAACUAUGCGAUCCAUUAUCAAAGACCCCCAAUACCGCGCCCUCAAAGAUCCGAAAGAUCGUAAGACGGCAUUCGAGAAGUAUGCGGUUGAAGUACGAGCUCAGGAAAAGGAUCGAGCAAAGGAGAGAAUCGAAAAGCUCCGCAAAGAUUUUGCUACUAUGCUGAGAAGCCAUCCAGAGAUCAAGCACUACACCCGCUGGAAGACAGCGCGCCCAAUAAUCGAAGCAGAGACCAUCUUCCGCUCUGCAAAGGAUGACGACGAGCGGCGCCAAUUAUUCGAAGAUUAUAUCAUCGAGCUGAAGAAAGCCAAUGUCGAGCGAGAAGCCACUUCGCGACGUGCGGCAAUGGAUGAGCUCGUGGAUAUUCUGAAGCAACUCGAUCUGGAGCCAUACACAAGAUGGUCGGAGGCACAAGGUAUCAUCCAAUCCAACUCAAGAUUCCAAGGUGAUCAGAAAUUGAAGUCACUCACAAAGUCUGAUAUGUUGACUGCUUUCGAAAACCACAUUAAGUCUCUUGAAAAGGCCUUCAAUGAUGCUCGCCAACAGGAGAAGAACAUGAAGUCUAGGAGGGAGCGCCAGAAUCGGGAUCGUUUCCUAGCCCUCCUACACGAACUCAAGAACAGUAACAAAAUUAAAGCUGGAUCAAAGUGGAGUCAAAUCCACCCUUUGAUUGCCCAGGACGACAGGUAUCAAGCCAUUCUUGGCCAACCAGGCUCCAAACCAAUCGAUCUGUUCUGGGACAUGGUUGAGGAGGAGGAGCGUGCUCUUCGCAGCACUCGAAAUGAUGUCUUGGACGUGCUUGAUGACAAGCGAUUUGAGAUCCAGACGAAGACUACCUUUGAGGAGUUCCUUGCCUUGAUGCAAAAUGAUCGACGAACUGCUAACAUUGAUCGAGACGCUUUAUCACUGAUCUUCGAGCGCCUACAUGAAAAGGUAUCUCGCCGUACUGAAGCUGACAACGUUCAGCUGGAACGUCAGCAGCGUCGUGCUGUUGAUGCUCUCAGAUCUUUUAUCAAGCAUCUAGAACCACCUAUUCGUAUUGAUGAUACUUUUGAGAGGAUUCGACCUAGGGUUGAGAGAUCUGAAGAGUAUGUUGCACUCCCCUCUGACGAGCUUCGACGCUCUGCAUUCGACAAGGUUAUCAGGCGCUUGAAGGAGAAGGAAGAAGAUGCAGAGAGGGAUCGUCUCAAGCGACGAGAUCGUACUUCAGUGGACAGACCAACACAUCGUGAUAGAGACAGAGGUGAGAGAUCACAUCGUAGAAGAACCCGCAGCCCCGAACCAGAUGCCUAUGAGGCCGAUAGGCGCAAAGCAAUUGCCGAUCGGGAGAAGAACUAUCGAAAGACAAGCGCUGCAGACACUUUACUGUCUCCAGGCCGUCGUGACCGAGGAGAGCGAGAUCGCGAUCGUGAGCGUGACCGAGACUUUGACCGCGAUCUUGACAGACCUCAUCGUAGCCGCCGGGAGGAAGCAUCCAGUCAUUAUGAUCGAGAGCGGAGGGAUCGGGAGAGCGAAAGGGAGAAGCUAUAUCGAAAGAGAGGAGAUCCCAGGGGAAGCAUCGAUGAGUUGCCGUACGGUGACGAGAGACCGAGUGCAAAUCGGCGACGAAGAGCUGAUAGUGACGUGGAAAGUGCUGACAGCGCGCGGGUUGCAAAGAGAUCGAGAAGAGAGAUUACACCCCGUGAGCGAACCCCAAUCCCUCCACGUGAACGGCGUCACAGGACUAGGACACCACCGGCUCCUAUACCAGUGAAAGAGGAACCGGCUGUUCAUUCCGGCAGCGAAGAGGGCGAAAUAGAAGAGGAGUGAUGAGCGUAAUAUGAGUAGUGGGAAUUCGUAUUUAAAUCUACUUGUACUGUAUGUAUCGCGACCACACCAUCAAAAACUCUCGAGGCAUGAUGACUUUGGCAGGCAG